ACAUGGAAAGAUCUCAACUCAUUUUGACAAAACAAAGAAUAGAAAAAGAAUUAAAUACGGAUUCAUUUGUCCCAUCAUUGGGUAACGACUGCUGGAGACUGGGAAAGCUCAAAGCUAUUUUGUGUGUUAAACAUUCUACAGUUAAAUGAUGAUGAACAGAUUUCAUUUGUUUAAACAAAACUCAUGAGAAAUCCUCUUGAAACUGAAAGUUCAGUGCAGCUUUAAUUAAGCUAAAAACAAAACAAAACAGUGAGACAACCCCAGGAUUGGCAAAAUUUGUCUCGGGAGACCUUUCCUUAUAUACCUGUAAAGGAACAGUAGGCCUUUCCUUUUCUGUUGUAAUCAUUAAUGUGUCGUUAUUGAUCAGGAUAAAAAACAUAACAGUGUAUUUCCCAUCUCCUUUCUGUUUUUUUUAAAAAGAACUAUAGGGUGAUGCCCCCAGUUACCUGACUUCACAGAAUAUGCACAGAUUGUUUAACCAUAGAAGAAGAUUUACACACUUGUAUACAGCGCUCAGGUUGUAUAUUCAGGUUUUCUCACGAGUUUCCAGGAAAAUGCUCUCUACACCAUUUAGUGAACUGUUUUAUCUAAACGCUCUUCGUAUUCAGUUUAUAUGUCUUUUCAUAAUGGCAUUUAAGGUUGGAAGCUAACUUAUGAAACAGAUGCUGAAUCAAACCAGAGACUGAUUCCUGUUGGGUCCGGUGGUAAGAAAAGCCAGUAUUUUAUUCAUAAGAUCAACUUAAAAAACUCAAUAAGAUGUAAUUGCACAUACAUCAGCUGGUUACAGACAAAGUUUGUUUUUAUUACACAAAAAAGGAAUCUGCAAUGCAACUGUUUCUGUUAUCUUGACCUGAUUUCAUGACAUGAUACUUAUACUCAUAUAUGACCUUUCCUAUAACCUCUGGGGUUAUUAAAGUCACAACCAAUAAAGGCUGAUAUUGUAUUCAUACAGCCAAAAAGGUCAAAGCAGCAAAAAGGUCAUCAUCCAACAAACUUGUUUGAAUUUUGUCAUUAUGUCACCAGUUUCCCUGCUAAUACCCUAAGUCUCCCCAUACUUUGUGAUACAAGACUUUAAAACAAAUUACUUUCUGUGAUGUUUUUCUAACAGGAAACAUUUUUGAGUUGUCCACAAAAAGACAUUUUGUAGUUAGUAGUGAGACUUCAUCUGAGUCUGAGUGCCAACAAAUGGCCUUCCAUUAUUCUAAUAGCUGUCUCAUUUUGCAUGCAUUUUCCAGGGUCCUAAAUCAUUACCCAGAGCAGCACAAGAGACAUUCUUCUGAAACAAACUUUUCAUCAUGGUUGUCCCAAAGUUACCAGAUAAAACGUUGUUCCGAAGCAGCCGUUUGGGACCACACAGCAGCCAGCACUACGGUUCAGUCCCAGCCUUCUCCCAGUUAUCUGGAAGUCUAAAGGAUUGCAGCUCUCAUGGAAGUUUAUCUCUCAGCAACAACAGUUUGGAGGAUGAGUCUCAGGAGUGCAGUGAGUCAGAUCCUCUACUAUCCAAUGAGCUCCGGAAUGGAUCCAGGUUCAGCAGAUCCAUGGGAGCAAAAGAUACAGAAGGUUCAAAUAGACCCACAGAAUCGUUUUGUUCCAUGGUGCUGCAGAUUCUGGUACCGUUUGUCCUGGCCGGACUCGGGACGGUUUCUGCUGGGAUGCUGCUUGAUGUUGUGCAGAGCUGGGAUGUGUUCCAGGAGAUCACUGAGCUCUUCAUUCUGGUUCCGGCUGUUUUAGGCAUGAAGGGGAACCUGGAAAUGACUCUGGCAUCUAGAUUGUCCACUGCUGUUAAUGCUGGAAAAAUAGAAUCUACUAGAGAAAGGUGGAUGCUGAUUGGUGGAAACCUUGCGCUCAAACAGUUCCAAGCCACAGUUCUGGGACUGUUGGCUUGUCUUAUGGCGACUCUGUUGGGCUGGAUGGCAGAUGGACAGAUGCCCUUUAGCCACAUAGUACUCCUCUGUUCAACCAGUCUUUCUACUGUUUUCAUGGCAUCACUGCUACAGGGCAUCGUUGUGGUGGGGGUGAUCAUUGGCUCCAAGCGAAUGGGGAUCAAUCCUGAUAAUGUGGCCACGCCCCUGGCAGCCAGUUUUGGUGAUCUCAUCACGCUUGCUUUGUUGGCGUGCUUCAGUCAAUGGUUCUAUUCCUUUAUGGAGCUUUAUCCGUACAUAUUGUACCUGGUGGAUCUUUUGUAUUUGUGUCUGAUACCUGUCUGGAUGGUGGUCUCUUCCAAACAUCCAGCCAGUCAAAUCCUGCUCCGUACAGGCUGGGAGCCAAUCAUCACAGCAAUGGUCAUCAGCAGUAUUGGAGGGCUUAUUCUGGACAAGACUGUAUCAGACCCAAACUUAAUUGGAAUUGUAGUUUAUGCACCUGUCAUAAAUGGUGUGGGAGGGAACCUGGUUUCCAUACAGUCUAGCCGCAUUUCAACUCAUCUGCAUUUGAAUUACUCGCCUGGAGAGCUUCCUGAGGAUCCCAGAAGCUGCUUCAACCCCUGCUACACUUUCUUUGGUUCAGGUGCAAACCAUCGAUCUGCUCAGGUUCUGCUCCUUUUGGUUCUACCUGGCCAGCUAAUCUUUCUACACAUUAUUCAUGUGAUGAAAGGAGGCCUCACACUGCCCAGUCCUCUCUUCACUGUGUUCUUCCUAUCUGCUUCUUUGAUCCAGGUCUUCUUCCUGCUGUGUAUGGCUGACUGCAUGGUCCACUGUCUAUGGAGGAGGGGCAAAGACCCCGAUAGUUACUCAAUACCCUACCUCACAGCCCUAGGAGAUCUUGUGGGGACUGCUCUCCUCUCUCUUGCUUUCGUUGUGCUCUGGUGUAUUGGUGACCCAUGAAAUGUAUGAAUUCAAGAUGAUAACAAAACAAUGAUAAGCAGAGGUAAAGACAAAGAAUAGCAUAAUCAUAGUUCAUAGUGAUAAAACGGAAAAUAUGAGAUCAAAGAUACAGUAGUGUUUCUAUCAAAGCAAGUUGCUGUUUUAAAAAGUUUGAAAACAUAUGAAAUUUCAUUUUAUUAUUUUCCACGUCUAGAGAAAUAUAAAAAGCCCAGACUUUAAUGCCUUAUUCCAGUAUUUUAAAUAUAAUGAUCAGAUUUUUUGAAAGACAAACAUUUUCAGCAUUAGUUUAUAUUUAAAUUUUCUUUUAGCAUCACAACUGUUGCAUUUGUCAAAUUUAACCACUUUGUUUUUUUGAGUUGCUGACAGCAAACUAAUGGAUCAAUCUACAGUCAUUGAAAAAUGAAAAAACAAAAGUACAAUUAUUAACAUUUUUGAGCUCUAGACCCUCUUUGGUCAGAACCUGCGGUUCAAAGGAUGAAACCCCUGAUUUUAUUUUUACAAACAACAUAAAAGCAUCACAGACACAAACUGUGCUGUAAGGAAUCUGCAUUCAUUGUACGAUAAUCCAGCCCAGAUUUGAAUGACAUUAUGGGUUGAGGUUGUGUAGGACCAAAGUGCAAGCAGGAGCGUUGGAGCCACAUGGUAAGUUAAAGUUAUUUAAUAAGAAUAGAAAGGAAAACUUACACAGAGACGUAGGGCACUAUAGAAGAAUUUUAUGAUUACCUAUGUUUGUUUAUCCUUAAUAUUCUUAGAAAAUGUUUGUCAGUAAGAGUUAGGCUUAAAUGCAGCCUCUGUGUGACAAUUGGGGACCUAGGGGCUAUAUUGAAAGUUGUCUGGGCAGAAAAGUAAGUCAGUUGGGAGUGUAUGGAACGCCAAAGUGUUCAAAAUUAAGUAAAUAAAUGAAACAUUGUGAAAUAAGUAUCUACAUCAAUAAAUAAUAGAAAAUGA